AUGAGUAUGAGAACCUUUAAGGCUGAGCCUGUAAACUGGCAAGCAUCACUUAGGAGUAGUAUGACCAAACAAGAUGUAAAACGUUCUACGGUUUCUCCAUCAUCAUCGAUCAAGUCGUCUAAAUCUUCACUAGUGAGCCAAAAAUCUUCGUUACAGUCUUUAAAAGAGCAAACAUCACUUACAAGUAGUAAGACCAAACAAGAUGUUAAACCCUCUUUGGUUUCUCCAUCAUCAUCCAGUAACGCGUCUAGAUCUCCAUUAAUGACCCAAAAGACUCCCUUACAGCCUGUCAAAGGGAAGACAUCACUUACAAGUAACAAGACCAAACAAGAUGUUCAACCUUCUUUGGUUUCUCCAUCAUCAUCCAUCAAGGCCUCUAGAUCUACAUCCGUGAGCCAAACAACUUCAAGACGUGUUGCUUCAUCGGCUAAAGAUAUAAAAAAUGCUCACAAAGAAAUAACAAAGAUCUCUAGUUUCAGCAGUGAGAGGGGUAAAGGGCCAGGAAAUUUCAUUCUUAGGGUCCAACUUCGAAAGAAGAUUAUCACAUUUAGGGGUAUCAUCGACCUUCCUCUUCUCACCGAUCAUCUUUCCAUAACCAAUCUGGUGACUCGUACGAUGGAAGAUCUUCAUGAGCUAUGUCCUGAUAUCGUCGAUAGCUCGCGUCUCUUGGACAUAAAACAUGCUGCAGAUACGGAUAAGUUGCUUGACCAAUUUUAUAACGCUUUGAAAUCAAUUGGAGAUUCAUGGAUUGAUGAUCAUGAAUGGAUCAUCAAAUCAAAGUAUAGGAACAGUAACAGCCUUAAGAAGAAUCUAUCUGAUCGACUUGUUGAAAAGGUGAUAGGUGCAUUAGAUGUGCUGAUAAAGAGUAUGAACGAGAGGCUUAAUAUGACAGAGAUAAACAGUGAUGAAGAGAAGAAAAACGUUACUACUACUCUGCCAUCAAAACCAGUCAGGAAGCAACCGGUCACGCCAAGUAAGGUUGGAGACUUUGCAAUAUCUGUUUCAAGUUUUCCAAGAAACGUGAGAAUGCAAGGGCUUGUAAAACUGAGUUCUAUUGAUGUGAAGCGACUCAGUAUCCAAAAGAGUGUAUGCCAGGAUGAAGCUCAGAGAAAUGGUGGUGAUAAUGAGAGUGUGAGUGUUAAGGAGAAGCAGAAGAGUGUAACAGAGAGGAUUGUGAAGAUGGAGAAAGCAAAAGAAACAAUCCUUGAGGAACAAGAUAGUGUUAAAAUCUGCUCAAAGGGUUUAAAGAAGUCUGAAUCUGUGACUGAAUCUUUGGCUCUGACUACUCCUCAUUCAGUAAAUGCUGCACUACCACCCCCACAGAAACAUCCACUGCCUCCACCACCAGGGGCAGCAGCGCCACUGCCUCCACCACCAGGUGUUAAAAUUUGCCCAGAGGGUUCAGAGAAGUCUGAAUCUGUGACUGAAUCUUUGGCUCUGACUACUCCUCAUUCAGUAAAUGCUGCACUACCUCCCCCACGGCCAUUUCCAGUGUCUGCUACAAAAGGACCAGCUGCACCACUGCCUCCACCCCCAGGGUCUGCAACACCCCUGCCUCCACCACCAGGUUAUGCAGCACCCCUGCCUCCACCACCAGGGUGUGCAGCACCCCUGCCUCCACCACCAGGGUGUGCAGCACCCCUGCCUCCACCACCAGGGGCUGCAGCACUAUUGCCACCACCACCAGGGGCUGCAGCACUAUUGCCACCACCACCAGGGGAUGCAGCACUAUUGCCUCCACCACCAGGAGCUGCAGCACUAUUGCCUCCACCACCGGGGGCUGCAGCAUCGCUGCUUCCACCUCCGUUUCCAAUGGCUCCAGGAAAGGCACCAGGUGCAUCACCACUUCCACUGCCUCCUGGAAAGGGAGCAGGUGGAGCACCACCACCACCAUUUCGCUUGGGAGCCAAGAAAGCAACGAGCAAACUGAAGAGAUCAACACAUGUAGGGGAACUCUUCAGAUUCCUAAGGGGGAAAAUCGAAGGUAAGGAUCCAAAAACAAGAUCUGGAGGAAGAAAAGUUGGGAUUGGAAACGCUCCAUCAGGUGGAAAGCAAGGAAUGGCUGAAGCUCUUGCUGAGAUAACAAAGAAGUCAGCUUAUUUUCAACAAAUAGAAGCUGAUGUGGAAAUGUAUAUGAAAGCUAUCAAUGAUCUCAAAACAGAGAUUACCAACUUCAAGAGCAAGGACAUGGCAGAGCUUCAGAAGUUCCACCUGUAUAUAGAAUCAGUGCUUGAGAAACUAACAGAUGAAACAAAGGUUCUAGCGAGAUGUGAAGGUUUCCCGGAUUCUAAACUCGAAGCGAUAAGAAUGGCUGCUGCAUUGUACUCCAAGCUUCAGGGUAUGAUCAAAGAGCUCAAGAACUGGAAGAUUGAGUCUCCUGCUGAACAACUUUUCGAUAAAACUGAACGUUACUUUGCAAAGAUCAGAAAAGAGAUUGACACUCUAGAACAGACCAGAGCAGAAGAUGAAAAGAUGUUCAAAAAGCAUAACAUCCAUUUCGACUUCGGUUUACUUAUUCAGAUAAAGGAAUUAAUGGUUGACAUCUCCUCAGGCUGCAUGGAACUUGCAUUAAAGGAGAAGAGGGAAGCAAAGAAUGCAACAGAAUCACGCGGGGGAAAGCAGUGCAGAAUCAAGAACAAGACUGUAGGAUGGGCAAAAACGUUGUGGAGGGCAUUUCAGUUUUCGUUCGGAGUUUACACAUUUGCUGGUGGACAAGACGACCGAGCUGAUAAGAUUACCAGAGAGUUGGGUAAUGAGCUCGAACUCAUCCUCAACCACCAAUGAUUCAUCAUGACCUCACCCUCCUUGCCUCUUAAGUAUGUUUCAUCUGAAAAUGUCAGACUAAUAUUU